AUGAAUGGUAUAGGCAAGAAGAGAGGCGAUAAGAAUCGAGUUCACCUAACCAAGCACAAACGCAUUCAUACAGGAGAGAAAGCUUAUCUCUGUGAUAUUUGUAGUAAAUCCUUCUCAAGCCCUGAUCACUUAUCUAAACACAUUCGUAAUCAUACAGGAGAAGAACCCUAUCACUGUAAUAUCUGUGGUAAAGCAUUCUCCCAAGGAAAGAAACCAUAUUGUCACAUCUGUGAUGGGUCAUUUUCACAUGGACAUAAUUUAACUGUUCACAAGCGCAUUUGUACAGGAGAGAAACCUUUUCACUGCGAUACUUGUGGUGAAUCAUUCUCUUACAGAAAUGCCUUAGCUACUCACAAACACAUUCACAUGGGAAAGAAUCCAUAUAAUUGUAAUAUCUGUGGUAAAUCAUUCUCUCAAAAAUUGAACCAAGCAUAA